AAAUUAUGAAAUCAAAGCAUUUCCUUAAUAUUCGAGAUUUUAGCCCCUCCGCCUAUAUAAUAGUGACGGAGGGAGUAUAAUUCUAGGUCUCCGAUUUGUGCAGCAGUCUCGUUCUCUCCAUUUUAUCCAGAUGGGGAGUCAAAUCCCCGACGAUUGCCAUCCAAUUACCUCCCUUCCCGCUACGCCUAGGUAUGUACUCGCCGAAUCAUCAAUAACUGAAGGUGUUCCACCGAUGGUAUCCCAUAAAAAAUGUGAACCGGAAACACCAGAUCAACUUUAGUUGUCCUUCCAAAAAGUCUUCAAUGAUUACACAGAAGCUUGUAAGUAUCGUGCAUCCGACCCUUAUAAAUUUGCUGAUUGUGAAGAUAAACUUAUUACAGUAAUUUCAAAAUUCAGAACUUUUAAAGCUAUUUCUCCUCAACUUUAUCCCAAAUUAGUAUAGCUUACGGCUAUUCAAUCGAUGAUUAGUUUAUUGAAAGAUGUUAAUUGUGGAGAUCAUUUAGCUAGUUAUAUCAUUCGAAAAGCUAACUGAUGCGGAUAUUUUAGUAUGUGAUCAACAUGAGCAAGCUGCCUUAUUCGUUGAAACUCUAGUGAACUUUGAAGCCUUAGACGUAUUUAUUUCUACUCUUCAUAAGUUUCCUGAAGAUGAUGAUGUUGUUUCCCUAGCACUCCAAAAUAUUGUGCAGAUGAUUUUUCUUAAACCAGAUGUAGCACGAACGGCCAGAAUACGCUGCUGAUUAAUAGGUUGUUCAACACACUCAGAGCUUCCAAAUGGGAUGAAUCUAAAGAGUAUGCUCUGGGGUUUCUAGAAACUCUUUUGAUGUCUAGUAUGGAAAAUAGAUGUCAAUUAGGGGAAAAUGCUGUAACUGUUGUACUGGCUGCUCUUUCAUCUCUUGAAAGUCCUAAUGAAGAAGACACGUAUGACGUUGACGAUGAGGAACUGCUGGAUAGUUUAUUUCGUUGUUUAUUUCUUCUAUUAGAACAUUCAGAGAAUAAAGUGAUUUUCGCGGAGGCUGGAGGGGUUCAGUUAAUGAUUAAAAUUAUGCAGCAUGAGGAAUUGGGUCAUUCUUAUUAUGGGUCUGCAAUUGUGGCACUUGAUAUGGCAGUGAAGGAUUGUCAACCUGCUUUUAAGAAUUUUGUGACUGAUGCUUCCGGACUGGACACUGCAUUCCCUGCUUCCAUGGAUGUAAUUCUGCAAAGCAUUUUGCAUGAGAAGGAAGUAAUAGAAGAACAUCAGAUAUCUCUAAUCGCAUCAUUAGCUGAUGGCGUUGCCAAGAUGAUAAAAGAUAUGUUGUUAACAAAGUUUGCAGAGAAUGAUUUCAAAAGGAUUACUUGGCUUAUGGAGCUCUUCGUACGAUAUUCUGACAAAGUUGAAGCAAUGACCAAGCAUCUCAAAGACAAACAGCAGCUACACCCGUCUGAGCUCUACGAGGAAAAACUGCAAUGCGGAUUUUCCACGCUUCAGUCGAUUGCUGUUAUUCUUGCUUAUCUUUGGUCGUUCGGGAAUCGUGCAAUAAAUGCUAGAAUUGAAAAAGAAUUGUCUCAGCACCAGUUAGAGAAGAAACAUUUGCGAGAUACUCUCUCAACAUAUCGAGACAACAUUGGCAAUGCGGGUGAAUCAGUAGAAAGUGCAAAGACAGCAGUGAUCGAGAAAUACAUAUGUCCCUUGAGGUUGCGAGUGUUUAUUAGAAGUUAAAACCUUUGGGUAUGGAGCUGGAUGAACAGGGAAAUCCUGACCAGGGUUGGGAGCUGGAUGUAAAGAGCAAGCGGCAACGGACUUCAGAUAAAUUAGAUUAACAUGGCAACGGAUUUCAGAUAAAUGAUCCUUAGAGGUUUGGAAUAUUAGAGUUUAUUAGAAGUUAAAUACCUUUACUACGAGUAAAAUACGUAAUAUACUCUGUAGGAACUAGUUUUCUCAUGCAUGAUAGAAAUAUCAUGACAAUGUUGGUAAUGUGAAUGAGCUAAAAGAAAGUGAACAAUGCAGAGAGUACAUUUUGGGGCUUUGAAUUUGUUUAAUUUUGAGCAUCUGGAGUUGAGCCAUCACCUUCUUUGAAUAACUAGUUAUCUACCAAAUAUCAUUCAUCUUUAAAUGCAAGUAUGAUAUUGUAUCUUUAACUUCAAGUAUGAUAUUAUACCUUGUUUUCUUAUAGUAGA